CAGAUGGGUUGGGCGGGGGCUUUAAAUCCAGACCAUCUCAUAGCCUGUUCUCCGGGGCCGAAGAGCUAUGUCACUCCAGUGCCUGCCAGACAGCUGGGAGGAAAGAUCUCUGUGGUAAAAUUCCCCGUCAGAGUUGGGUGAUCACCAGUCCGCGUCUCUGGUCCUCCACGGAGACCUCUGGCAAAGGCCAGGCCUGUGGGGUGGGGACAGGGGAAGCUGAAUAAGCUUAUUUUGGGGGAGGAAAUCGACUUUCCAGCCUUUGUCAUAAAGGAGGGUUAAUGUUCCUUCCCUCCCCAAAUCGGUACCCCGGGAGCAAUUGUGUCUGUGCGUCAGGUCCCCUGGGGCAUGCCGGCGUGGCCGAUUCAAACAGCCGGUCUGCUUCCAGUGGGGUCCCACAGGGAUCGGGGCUGGGCCCGACGCUCUUUAACAUCUUCCUCGAUGUCCUGGAAGAAAACAGCAAAUCGUCCCCGCCAGAGCUUGACAGCUGGGGACGUGGUGAAUAACGAACAGAAUGGCUUACAAGGAGAACGUGACCCCUGGUGCCGGCCCCAACCUGGCCAAGUAUGGGAUGCUGAGCGGGCCAGGCCCCCAGCGAGUCCCCCGGAAGGAUCCCUACAUGCCCAGCGGCACCCCCUCCAAGACGCUGCUGGCACAGAGGGCCAUGGCCAGCGCCAAUAAGAUUAUCCUGAAGUCCUCCAGCAUCCAGAAGCCAGCCGUCCCGGGCAGGGUGCCCACCGAAUCCAGCUCCGGUGUCCAGGUGGCUCAACCCACCCCGCAGCGAGUGUUCACCAUCAAUGACUUUGAGAUCGGGCGCCCGCUGGGGAAGGGGAAGUUCGGGAACGUGUACCUGGCCCGGGAGCGGGCGUCCCGGUUCAUCGUGGCGCUCAAAGUGCUCUUCAAGUCGCAGAUGGAGAAGGAGGGCGUGGAGCACCAGCUGCGGCGGGAGAUCGAGAUCCAGUCCCAUCUCCAACACCCCAACAUCCUGCGCCUCUACAACUAUUUCCACGACAAGAAGCGGGUCUACCUGAUCCUGGAGUACGCGCCCCGCGGCGAGCUCUACAAGGAGCUGCAGAAGUGCCGACAGUUCGACGAGCAGAAGACCGCCACGUUCAUGGAGGAGCUCGCUGACGCACUCAUCUACUGCCACGCCAAGAAGGUGAUUCACCGCGACAUCAAGCCGGAAAACCUCCUUAUGGGCCUGAAGGGCGAGCUCAAGAUCGCCGACUUCGGCUGGUCCGUGCACGCACCCUCGCUCAGGCGGAGGACCAUGUGCGGCACGCUGGAUUACCUGCCCCCCGAGAUGAUCGAGGGAAAGACGCACGACGAGAAGGUGGAUCUGUGGUGCAUUGGGGUCUUGUGCUAUGAGCUCCUGGUGGGGCAGCCGCCCUUCGAGAGCUCCACCCACACGGAGACAUAUCGCCGCAUCACCAAGGUGGAUCUGCAUGUUCCCGCCGUUUCAUUGGAUAGGUCCCGGAACUUGAUCACCAAGCUGCUGCGCCACAACCCCGGAGCGGGCUGCCGCUGGGCCGUGCUGGAGCUACCUCGGGUGAAGGCCAUACGCCCGGAAUGCGCCGCCCGUCUUCAACCCCGCCCCUCCAACUAGCCGUGC